UCUUCAUUUCUGAACAUAAAAAUGUCAAAAACUUUAACUGUUCAUCUCAAAUCCUCUUUUGAACCGAAGGAGGAAUAGUUCCUUCUCUCCCAGUCUGUCCAUCAACACCAAAAAGGCCUCCUCAGUUUGACUUAAAGGGAAGUGAAACUGACAUCAUUUCCUCUGUUCUUUCUGCCCGUAAAACCAUGAACACAACGCUCUGCUCGCUAAAAGCUUUCACUCAUCUUUCUCUGAGGCUCAUCAUUUUAAAGAUCUCAUUUCAGGCUGUUUAGUGUAAAUGUGUGUGCUUGUUUUUGGUUGAAUUGUAAAAUUCUGUCCUGAAGCUGCUGACGGGGUGAACAGGGGCGUGAAACAGAGGAGACAUGGGUGCUGUGUUGGGACUGCUGCUGCUGCUGCUGGGAGUCUCUCAUGGUGUGAAAACACACUGUGAUGGCAGACAGAAUGGAGCUGUGUGUUUUGGACCUCUGGGAGGAACCGUGGUCUUCCGGCUGAUGGAUGAUGCCUCCAAAAUAUUUAGAUAUGCUUGGAAAAAAGGAGAAACAAACAUAUUACAGGGGAGAGAGGAGAAGGUUAUAACUAAUCAGAUUACAAACAGAUCCUCAUUUACUCCCAGUAAUGGAACAUUUAGGAUCAAUGACCUGAGCAGAAAUGAUGAUGGUGAAUAUACUCUUGAAUUAUUUUUUGAUUCAAGUGGAUCAAAUAAAGCAAAACAAACUCUACAGUUGAACAUCCAAGUUCCUGUGUCCUCUGUCCGGCUGACCUCUGAGUGUCUGUCUGAGGGAGAGAAGAGGGUCUCCUGCUCCUCUCAGGAAGGGGACAGCCCUCGGUACAGCUGGACGCUGAAUGGACGAACACUGAGCAACUCACAGCUCCUCUCUGGAAACAGUGAGAGUCAGACUAUCACUCUGAAACAAGACCAGUCAGGUCGACUGGCCUGCACAGUCAGAAACCAGGUCACCAGUGUCACCAAAGAAGAGCAGAUAUCCACCUGUGGCUUCCAAUUCUUUGACUGCACCUUACUCAAUGGGACGUACAUAACAAAGUGGUUACUUCCAACCAAUGAAACUCAGUGUAUUCAAUCAACAACACUUUCUGGGGGUAAGGAGACUGUGACGAUUACACCCUCUAUUAUUAGUAUACCCUUCAACAACACUUCCUCCAGCAGAGACAACCCAUGGUACAUUACCAAUUUGCCCACAGUGCUGGGCGUCCUCUGUGCACUGCUCAUUCUUUUGGUUGUUGGAGUUGCAGUCAUCUGUGCUCAGAAGAAAAAGAAGAACAAAGCCGAAGACGACAACGAAGACCAAGAUUUAACCUACGCAGAUGUCAAGAUCGUACAGCAGCGGAGGGAGGGGAGGCCGAUGCAGCAAAUGGCAGAGCCAGAGGUGGAGUACGGCCAGGUUAAGUUUUCACAGCGACCUCGGCAGACUGUUGAACCACCAAGAGAAGAAUCUGUGUAUGCGAUGGUGCGCAAAGGCAGAUGAUUCACAGUGUUUUAACAAAGACUGCAACACUGAAGGCCGAAAGAGGGGAAGCUUGUUGGCUGAAAGCACUUCCUGAUUAAUUUACACUGCUGAUAAACAGUUAUAGAUAGAUAAAGAGGCCCAGUGAACUUCCCUUCACUUGGCUUUAAUUUUCCAAGAACAUUUACAUUACAGUUGUAUAAAAAAGAAAAAAACUGAAAACAUUGUAAAUAUUGUAAAAAAAAAAAAUGCAAUGAAAAAAUUCACCAUUACUGUAGUUUUUUUCAUUGCAUUUUUAAAUUUAAUUUACAACGGUUUAUUUUAACAUAUCAAAAUAAUGUUGUGUAUAUGCUGAAACUCAUGUAUGUUUUUUUUAAAUUCACCAGAUGUGUUUGGAAAAGUUUAGGGGUGGUUGAUCAGAAACCUGUCAAAUUUAGCAGCACUGUUUUUUCCUGCUCUGUCGACAGGAGGUUUAAACUCAGAGAAUGUCUCGUCUUUUCUCAGUGGCCACACAUUUGUUUCCAUGAUGUGCAAACUUCUGCUUUUCUCAGGCGUAGGUCUAAAGUCUUUCAACAUUACUUCAUCAGCUGCAUUUUGGGAUUUUUGAAACCUGUUUUCAUUACUAGGGCCUAAUCAGUUUGUAUAAAAUAGUUCUUUGAUGCCAUUGUUGUUUUAAUUAUGCUUCUUGCUGCAUGACAGGGAAUUUAUGCCAGACAGAAAGCAUGGAUUUUUAUGUAAGGUUACAGUAAACUAUGAAAAUUGUUUAUCACACUUCCCCUUUCUUUAACAGCAUUAUUGAUGAUUUUGAAAUGAAAGGGGAAUUUUUUUCUUUUUUGUUUUUAUGUUUUUCGUCUUUACUGAAGCAUGAAGAAAGCUAAGGGUGACUAAUGUGGUUUUCUUCUCAAGUAGUCAGGAGAAAUGGGCCUGAACAGUUUGUCAAUAUGAGAAAAGGAUAAGUUUAUCUUUCAGUACCAUCAAGUUAUCUUGUCUAUUUUCAGACCGAUGCAUUUCCCAUGACUCUGUGGUUUCCAUUUUAGAGUGUACCAGACUCUAGCUGAAAACAUGAAAGAGACCAAUAUGUAAUUUAGAGCCUUUUUUGUGCAAUGAGCAGGUAAACGUGGGAAAAAAUACCUGCAGCUCACUCUCAACAGAUUGCAGGGAAUAAUUUAAAUAAAUUACAAGUAACUUAUCCGAACUUAGUGUACCAGAAAACUUGAAAUUCCUUUUAAUAUCUCAAAGGCAUACAGGUAAAUGAUCUUCAUAUCCACAAGAUGUACUUGUUUCAUUGCAUCUUCUUGUGCAGACUACAGCUCUCAGUCUGGAACAAUGGGUGCACCGCUGCAAUGAUACAAUAGUCAGCAGUGAUGGUAGAGACAAACCACUUAAUACUUGAAGUCAUCAGAUUUUGAGGAGUCUUCUGCAAAAAAAGCUAGCUUUUUUCACCUUUACAUAGAGAAGCAUCUGAUGAUGGACAUUUUAGAUAAAGGACUUGUAAAAGCUACAAUCAGCUACAUAUAAAAGCCCAGUGAUUUCUGCUGACAGCAUUUUGGUGUGGGUGUUUCUUGAGCCUGGCCUCAUUUUUUGUUUUUGUUCAUAUAAAAAUCAUUCAAGUAAUGCUUUAGAAACCUGGUGGGAUUGUGGCAUCUUCCAAAGCUCUUUGACCUCUAUUUACAUGGUAUAUAUUAAAGCAAAGAUAAUUUAAACUAUGCUGAUUUGGUGAUUUUUUUUUUCUUUUUGGCAGUUACGGCAGCACUAUGCUGCUUUUAUUUGUUUAAUGAAAGACAGAGGUUAUAUGAUUGGUUUUGGUUUGAUAGCUCCCGGUUAAAGGUUGACAACCAUAACCGACCAUUCAGCUGAUUCACAGAGCAAUAAAAAUGGUGUUUAUGGUUCAUGACAGUUGUACCGUCCUGAAACAACCACCUUGGAUUGUUUUUUUUUUCUUUUACCUGCUUGUUAAAACACAGUUGAACUUCUGACCAACAUAAUUCACUGAGAAAAUGAUUAACAGCACAUUAUAGUGUAAAAAAGGUGCUCAAAGAUGCUUUUAAAAUGUAUAUUUGGUCAGUAGCACUCUGUUCACUUCAGAGGAAAUAUUUGUAUAAAACUGUGCAGUAUGACUGAAGCAUUUUAAUAGGUGUAUAACAGCUCUUGAUAGAUUUAGUUAAGGCAAAAUUAAACUUUUUAUCCUCCUUGUGAAUGCCAGCUGAUUUUGUCUUUGUCAUGACACAGUUAUAUGAUGUUACCUUACCAUGCCAAAGGUAUUGAACUUAAAUAAAAAAAAACA